CGUUGGCAAAACAUACAUUGUUGCCAGCAUCACAGUUGCAGUCACCUACGCUCUGGAUAACAUGAAACCAGCCUAACCAGCUCUGCUAGGGCGAGUAAAAUGGUCAGUGAACGGUUGUCUCACGGUAGCCAGUUAUCUCUCUCUGUAGCCAGUUAUCUCUCUCGGUAGCCAGUUACCUCUCUCGGUAGCCAGUUCGCUUGAGCGCAUGACGGUUGGUUCCAAGCAGCAGAGUAAAGGGAGGCGUUGUUGUCAUGACGACGCUACACAACUCACCGGAAGGAAAUGUGUUGCAAGCAGGAUGCCAGUAUACAUCAGAAAAGGGCCUGCAGAUAUCCCCGAGCCCCCCGACAGCGGCCACGGUGAUGACGAGGAGGAGUUGUUCCUGAGUGACCCUGAUCAACUCCAGGACCAGCUCCCCCAGCCGUUCAGAAUGAUAGACAAGGUCCUGGACAGACUUGUAGACAGGGCAUGGGACUUCAUCUCACAGAGAGAAACUGUCAGGGUCACAGAGCAAGCUAUUCAAACUAUACCCAUUAUGCAGGUCUCAGGGGACGUAAAGCUCCCUGUGAGGACCAACUGCGUGGCCUGCUCUGAGGAUGGCAGGUACAUCUUCCUGGGUCACCCCCACGGCCUGUCUGUUAUGGCUCAGCCCCAGGGUAUCACCACCUCCUCCUCUUCCUCUCCCUACUGUGUGCCAGUAUGGCAGGAGGACCAUGUAGAGAUCACCUCUCUUCACAUCACCUGUCUGGGGGAGAUGGUCUACCUGCUGGCAUCCCUGGAUGAUAUGGGUGUUGCCAGACUGUUUGCUUAUUACUCAGAAACCAGCCACCUGAUAAAAGUCAUGAAUGAAACAGAUGACCUCAACCAGAGAAGUGUCUGUGUGAAGUUUGAACUGUCCAGAGGAGGAGACUACGGAGCUGCUACCAUCAGCUGUAAUGGUUGUCAGUGUUUAGAGGUGUACAGAUUCCCUAAAGACUCCUGGCUGAAAGAGCUGUCCCAGCAUGCACCUGGAGUAGGAGAUACAGGCAAACUGUCUCCUGUCGCCAUGCUGAUGAAGAUCAAACCACCUAAACCUCACACAGGCUCUACCAUGAAGAGUCCAUUUGAGGUGUUGCAGAAGACCGAGGAUGGCAAUGUGAUUGGCUCAGGACAGAACCACCUGAUCAGCAGUCGCCAAUGGGAGGACCAGGACGCUGUGUUUAAGUCUGUAUACAGGAAGUACAUGGUUACUAACCCCAGCAACACUACAGACCCAGAGGACAGACCCAGCUGUGUGACCAGUCACUUCCUGCUUCCUGGAGGUCUGUUUCCUGUCCUGGGAGGAGUUAAGCCUCAGACAGGAGGAGUGGCUGUAGCUGUGUGUCUGUGGUGGAGCGGCAGACACAAUCUGCUGCAGUACUUACUGUGUAAAGCUCCCAGAGACAAACCAGACCCGGAGCCCAAGCCUGAUGCGUUGUGGCCUAAUGCCCAGGAGAUCCUGUGUUCUGCUGUUAGCAGCUGUACUAGACACAUAACUCUGGGACUGGUUACUGGACUGGUCACUGUCUGGGACAGACACUUAGGUCUUCCUCUGUCUGUUGUCUCAGUGGAAGCAGACAGUGUGUUCAGCAGCAUAAUAUUUGUGGAUUACUGGCCUAGUACGGCUACUGAGGAUGCCCUACACAGCCAGGGUCCGAACCACAGCAGCACACAGGUCCAUCUACUGGUCACCUGUAAGAGUGGAGCAUGUCAUCGAGUCGACGCAGGAAGAGGACUGGACUCUCAUAAUGUCACACAACUAUCAGAAAGACCAUCAGAUCCAGGCUGUUUCCCUGUGGUGACUGCUGCUGUUCCGUUCCUCCAGCGCCUGGCUCUGAUCAUGCAGAGGAAUGGGAAGAUCCUCCUCCAAGACAUGGUAGACAGGAGAGUAGUGUGCUGCUUCUCCCUCCCAGACACUCAUCUCCUGGCCAAUCCCUGGAAUCCUGUGUUUCUACUGGACCCCACACAGCAGUCUCUGCUCAUACCAGGUGAUCAGCGUCCCGGUCCUGACAGUGGGGAGGAGGGGGAGGACAGAGGGAGUCGACUCUUUGUGUUCCGUCUCCGAGAUGCUGCUGUCGUCAAGCCGUACAGACACGAAUAUGUCGGCAGAGCAUCAUCACCCCAGGGCCAAUCAGGGACAGGCACCUCUAACUUGGAGGAAACAUGCAACCUCUAUUUCCAACAAAGAGUUCCAUCUGUGGAGGAGAGAAACAAAGUCAUGACUGAGACAUGGAACCAGCUCCAAGAGCAUGCCGCCAUGGUGCUCUUACAGAACUGACAACAAGUUGUUACCAUCUAACAGAACUGACAACAAGCUGUUACCAUCUAACAGAACUGACAACAAGCUGUUACCCUCUUACAGAACCAACACCCUGUUACCAUUUUACAGAACCAACAGCCUGUUACCAUCUAACAGAACCAACACCCUGUUACCCUCUUACUGAACCAACACCCUGUUACUAUUUUACAGAACCAACACCCUGUUACCCUCUUACAGAACCAACACCCUGUUACCAUUUUACAGAACCAACAGCCUGUUACCAUCUAACAGAACCAACACCCUUUUACCCUCUUACUGAACCAACACCCUGUUACUAUUUUACAGAACCAACACCCUGUUCCCCUCUUACAGAACCAACACCCUGUUCCCCUCUUACAGAACCAACACCCUGUUCCCGUCUUAUAGAACCAACACCCUGUUUCCAUUUUACAGAACCAACACCCUGUUACUCUCUUACAGAACCAACAGCCUGUUACCAUCUUACAGAACCAACACCCUGUUACCCUCUUACAGAACCAACACCCUGUUACCAUCUUACAGAACCAACACCCUGUUACCCUCUUACAGAACCAACACCCUGUUACCAUCUUACAGAACCAACACCCUGUUCCCCUCUUACAGAACCAACACCCUGUUACCAUCUUACAGAACCAACACCCUGUUCCCCUCUUACAGAACCAACACCCUGUUACCCUCUUACUGGACCAACACCCUCUUACUAUUUUACAGAACCAACACCCUGUUCCCCUCUUACAGAACCAACACCCUGUUCCCCUCUUACAGAACCAACACCCUUUUACUAUUUUACAGAACCAACACCCUGUUCCCCUCUUACAGAACCAACACCCUGUUCCCCUCUUACAGAACCAACACCCUGUUCCCGUCUUACAGAACCAACACCCUGUUCCCCUCUUACAGAACCAACACCCUGUUACCCUCUUACUGGACCAACACCCUCUUACUAUUUUACAGAACCAACACCCUGUUCCCCUCUUACAGAACCAACACCCUGUUCCCCUCUUACAGAACCAACACCCUUUUACUAUUUUACAGAACCAACACCCUGUUCCCCUCUUACAGAACCAACACCCUGUUCCCCUCUUACAGAACCAACACCCUGUUCCCGUCUUACAGAACCAACACCCUGUUCCCCUCUUACAGAACCAACACCAUGGUCCCGUCUUACAGAACCAACACCCUGUUCCCCUCUUACAGAACCAACACCCUGUUCCCCUCUUACAGAACCAACACCCUGUUCCCGUCUUACAGAACCAACACCCUGUUCCCCUCUUACAGAACCACCACAAGCAGGACAUUACCACGUCCACAUGUCUUCCGUCACUACAUAGACUGACACAUGAAAACCUACAGGAUAUAUUGAUU